GAGCGCAGCAUCCAUCCCUCCGCUCUCCCAGCGCCUGGGCCUACCUCGCCUCGGGCUCCCAGUCAAGCGAUGUGCUCGCAGCCGAUCUAGAUCCGGACCGAGCCGCACUCUCCGAGGGCGGGGGGGGGGGGGGGCCUCGGCGGGACGCCCCCUCUCGCCGCUCAGGGCCAGGGAUACGGAGACCUGCCGAGCCCAGCCAUGGAGGCCAUCUGGCUGUACCAGUUCCGGCUCAUUGUCAUCGGGGAUUCCACGGUGGGCAAGUCCUGUCUGAUCCGCCGCUUCACCGAGGGCCGCUUUGCCCAGGUUUCGGACCCCACCGUGGGCGUGGAUUUCUUCUCCCGUCUGGUGGAGAUCGAGCCCGGAAAACGCAUCAAGCUCCAGAUCUGGGAUACCGCGGGUCAAGAGAGGUUCAGAUCCAUCACUCGAGCCUACUACAGGAACUCAGUAGGUGGUCUUCUCUUAUUUGACAUUACCAACCGCAGGUCCUUCCAGAAUGUCCAUGAGUGGUUAGAAGAGACCAAAGUACACGUUCAGCCCUACCAAAUUGUAUUUGUUCUGGUGGGUCACAAGUGUGACCUGGAUACACAGAGGCAAGUGACUCGCCAUGAAGCAGAGAAACUGGCUGCUGCGUACGGCAUGAAGUACAUUGAAACGUCAGCCCGAGAUGCCAUUAAUGUGGAGAAAGCCUUCACAGACCUGACGAAAGACAUCUAUGAGCUGGUUAAAAGGGGGGAUAUCUCAAUCCAGGAGGGCUGGGAAGGGGUCAAGAGUGGAUUUGUACCAAAUGUGGUUCACUCUUCAGAAGAGGUUGUCAAAUCAGAGAGGAGAUGCUUGUGCUAGUCAGGCCUUUUUAUUUCCAAAACAUGCUCUCCAAGCUGAACUUGAAAGUGGCUGAAAUGAAUAGAAUCCUUGUGUGACUGAAGAGAACUCAACCUUCCUUUUGGAUACCAAGUGAGCCUCCUUCCCAAGGGGCACUCUGACAGGUUGUAGGCAGGGGAGUGGGGGAGCCUGGGUGCUGUGACUGGGGGACUAAAUGACUGCCAUGGGCCAGGCACUGUUUUGUGGCCCAUGCUGGGCAGUGGCUGCUCCAUGUGCCCUUUGUGGACCACAUGUCAAGAGCCUGAGGUUUGGGGAGCUAGGCCCCAGAAAAAUACACCCACAGACAACUCUUUCUUGGUAUUUCAGCUCAUUCAUAGGUCAUGAACAAAAAGACAUUAUGUAAGGGGGGGGGAAUAUAUCAUUGGGAACAAUUAGCAAAUUUUUUUAAAAGACUGAGAUCAUCUUAUUCCAUGAGAUUAUCCUAUACCAAGUGUGUGUGCUGGGUUUGGUUUGGUUAAUAAGUACUGAUUAUUCAUUCCCGGGUUUCGACACCAAAAAAAAAGGACCGAUUAGCUUCUCAAGAGCUCAUCUGUAAAAUGAGGGGUGUGGACCAGCUAUUUACUAAGACACUUUCAAGACCUGGUGUUCUGAUAACAAUGGCGUCAAUAUGAAAAGGGAGGCUGUUUACACACUUAUUAUCACAUUGGGGGAAAUGUACUCCCUUGUGGUAGAAUAGCCAGCCGUGUGAAAGAAAUUGUCCCAUGCAAAGUACCCUGUAAGUAGAAGAAACACUAACCCGAACGCCAUGCCCUUUUCCCUCUGACCAUGCCUGGGGUUUCACUGCAUUGGCGACUGCAAUCUAGAAGUAAACAAUGUGCCUGUCUUUUCAGGUCAUGGCAACGAUGUAGGGAUUGCCUCCGAAAAGAGAGGCAAACCCUCACUCAUCAAUCCUGUCUUGAGUACCUGCUCAACAGGAGGCGCUAUAACCCUUACAAAACCCAUUACACUCACUUAUUACUUAUUUGAUCAUCAUUACAGGCCUGUGAGAUUUCUUCCCCAUUUGACGAAGGUAAACUAAGAGGCGGGUGAUUCACUUGGCCAAGGUGAAAGUCUCUUGAAUCCUAGUUCUUGUUUCACUGCAUCAUCCUGCUGUCAGAUGAACGAACGGUUGUUAAUUUGUUCACUUUGGAAGAGAUAUGACUGUAAAUAAAUGCUCUCUACAUGUUAGGAUAUGUUUCCUUAUUGAUUACAACUCAGCUAUAAUUCUGAGAAUCAAAGGUAAAGCCCAUUCAGGUGUUACUGAUAGAGGGCUUUCACCAAGUGAAUAAUUGUACAACUGAAAACACAUUAGAACUGUGUAUGCUAGAAGUGUUCUUAUCACUGAAACACAGUGAACAUAUUACUGAAAGGAACCAAAUACAGCAGUGGGAAGUGGGAUGGGGACAAAAUACUCACCUCACCAUGACCUUGGCCAUCUGUUUGCCAUAUACCUAUACCAGAUUCUUGUCUCCCCUAGAAAGUCAGCUCAAUUCUCAGGUGAACAGACAGAUAACUGCAUCAGAAAGUUGGACUGGUUGGCUUGGGAUUUAAUUAUCUUCUUGAAGAGAUGUGAUGCUUUAAAUUAUUUUUUGUAUUGUAGCCAGUUCAGCUGGGCAAAAGCCAUACUUUUCACAGUCAGAAAACAAGUCUGAUGGGAGUCAGAUCUCUCAUCUUCAUUGUGAUAGGAAAGCCUGAGAAUGGUUAAAUUGCUUUGAGAUAUAGUGUUAAACUUCAGUGUGAAUGUGAUUGAAUUUGAAAGUUGGGGGAUUUACUUCAGCCAGAAUAAAGAAGCCAAAUAAUGAAAAGGAUGGAAACAAACCACAUUGGACCAACCUGCAGCAUCAACUACAAGUGAACCAAUCAUGAUUUUUACAUUCCUUUAACAUGACCAGGCUUGGGUGGAGUGAUUAAGUGGCCAGUUUUGUGAUUAUAGAUGACAAAUAAAAGAUGGUGAAUUGGGUUAACACAAAGUUUAUCAACUACUAUACUUAAUUGUGUUUAAAAGAUUCCGAAAGCAAGAUUAUCCACUGGAUAAAUGAGAGUUGACUGGAUUCUGUCAGUUCAAAACAAAAGAUAGAAACAAAACUUCUCUCCAGUUUUCUUGACUAAAAUACAUUAUAUGUAUACUUUUCCCAUUCCUUGCAUUUUUAGGCAGGUUUUAAAAUACUCAGCAUAGAUCCAGCAAAGGUGGCUGAGCUUAAUUGCUUAAACAAGUUCUAGAAACUUUAACAAUCAUUUUAGUAGACUUCAGUGCUGUUGUCACUGCAGUAAGUGGGUUUUAGAAAAUAAGUGUGAAAAAAUCAGGUGUUAAUACAAUACUAAGGAUAAAGCUUUAGAAGCUAUUUUACUACAUAGGCAAAGAAAAGAUUAACUUGUAACAAAGACCACAACUGCAUGUUGGAAUAGAUCGUAUCAUAUUCCAGAAUAAAAUGUACUGUAUACUUUUCCUCACUUUGUUGUGCACUGUAAUGAAAUGUGAAAAAAUGUUUUCUUUAGCUGUAUGUGAAUGAAAAUAUGCUUGUAUUUAGUAAAAUGGUUGAUUAUGUGACUGUGAGAUUCC